AUGGAGGAAAGGCAAAAGGAACUCGAGACAGAAUUGCAACUACUAGCACUUAAUCGCUCCAAGGCUGCUGCAAUCGUUGACAAGGGCAACCUCGACAAAAUCCUUCCUCACAAGGAAAUUUUGAAGAAAAUCGUGAAUGCCAUCGAAGAUCUCAAGGUAGACAUCGAAAAAGCCAAGCUUGAGGCUGGAGAAAUCGUCGAGAAUGUGCAGAAAUGGGGAGCAACAAUAGAACAACGCACCGACGAAGCAGAUUUGGAGAUAUCUGAUUUAACUUGCAGUCUUGAAGAAGCUGCGACGAGAGCAGAGGACUACAAGCGUGAGAAGGAGAAAACUUUGCUCGAUCGGCAACGAGAGGAAGAACUAGAGUUUGAAAAACUAAAACUUGAGCAAAAGGCGAAAAUUCAACAAACAGAGCAAGCCGCCGCAAAGCCAGCCAGCAAAAGCAACGUGAAAAUGCCAAAACUAAUCAUCACAAAAUACGACGGCACCUAUGAGAAGUGGCUCUCGUUUUGGAACAAGUUUAAGCUGAAAUUGAUUCAUCUGAUCUGCCAGCGGUCACAAAAUUCGCUCAUCUGA